AGCAACAACUGCAGCGCCACUUUCCUCUAGAAAGGACCUACAUGUACGCAACAUGAAAUUGCUCAUAUUUGUUAUGAUGAUCGGAGAUAUGACAUCGGCAAAUCAACCGCCCAAAAGAGACAUUAGUCAUGACAUAGGCGUCUAUGCGUCACUCCGACCAUUCUCGAUGAUGGAGUGUGUUGUUAAGUGUGGCCAGAGCCCUAUCUGCAACUCCGUGCUACUGGAGGUAAAAACGAAAACCUGUUUUCUUAAUAGGAACGUCACAAAAGGAUCUUUGGUAAGCAUGAGAGGAUACAAGUAUAGCGAGAAAGCCGACCCGACAAAGCCGGAACGCGUUCAGCAGUGCUUUGCCAACUUCAUGAAGGAAAUGGAAGCAUGUUCUGAAAAUAGAAACAAUAAUACAACACCUGUUGAGCAAACGUCCGAUAAAGCUACUAUGAAACCAACCAGUACAACAACACCUAUUACUACAACAUCAGAGAUACCUACAUCUGAAAUAUCAUUACCACCUAUGGAAACAACAACAACAACAGCAGCAGCAGCAGCAAUGACAACAACAGCACAAAAAACAACCGAAGCUUCUAUUACAACACCAACAGCAGAAGCAACGACAACAGCACUAACAACAACAACCGAAGCUUCUGUUGCAAACACAGAGCAGCCAUGCCCUGACUAUUAUCAACCGAUUUCUAAAUUUGACCCUCCGAUCUGCUGCCGUAUUGAAUUAAACCCAGCUUCAUACUCCGAGGCGGAGUCGUUUUGCAAGAAAGAUGGGUCGGCCUUCGUACUUCCAGACAGUCUCGAACGACUUGAUGCAAUCAAGGAGGCCAUUUUUGAGGCAGCGAAGGUAACAACGACACCUCACAUGAUAUGGAUUGAUGCGUCUCGUAUCUCACAUGACGGUACGUGGAAAACAGGUGAAGAUGGACCGUUUGAUUAUGACGUUUUCCUGAGGUCAAAUUUUGAUUCAAGUAACACAAACGAAGGCAACUGUCUUGGUAUGCUCUUUACUCCACCAAGGAACAUAUCUGGCUGGUUAGCCACAAACUGUUCCACUCCAGCCUGGUAUGUCUGCACCCCAGUCACUGCCUCUAGCUCUGCUUAUGAUUAUCCUUGAUCACAAAAUUGACAAUCGGAAAAUCACUUGGACAUUUCUCGUAUUCCAGGAAAAGCACUGAUCGAACCAAUGAAAUGUAACCAGGUCAAACAUGGUUCCUAAAACAUGCAUGUUCAAUCAAAGAAAAUAAUUUAAAAAUCACAUUGAAAAACAAAAUCUUAG